CUUUCAUUUUCAUUCCAUUUAAAACAAAACCAAAAAACACAAAGAAAAAAACAUGGAUAUGAGUAGCUCUGCAAGCAACUCUUCAGCAGCAGCUGCCGGAUUUUGGCAUUGGAACUCUCCGUUGCCGUAUCUGUUCGGCGGUUUAGCUCUGAUGUUGGGUGUUAUUGCUGUGGCUUUGAUCAUUCUUGCUUGGUCUUAUAGGAAGUCUUUGUCUAAUAAUCAAUCAAGAGACGAGGAGGCUGUUCCAGAGAAAAAAGGUGAAAUAAUGGUGGAUUCUGCUGAGCCGAAGAUUGUUGUUAUUAUGGCAGGUGAUCAUAAUCCUACGUUCUUGGCCAACCCUAACCCUAAAUUUCAGACUCUGGUUUGCACUUGCCACAACACUCAGAAAGUUUAAAGUCUUCUGUUUUUGUUUUGUUAAUUUUGCGGUAAUAUUAUGUACAAUGAUGAGUGGUAGCUAGAGAGGUAGAUGACAAUUUUGCAUGAAAUUACAUAUACAUCAUCAAUUUUUAAGAUUUUAAUCUCUUAAGAAUUAAGAUCUCUGUUUUUUUUCCUCAUAUAUUAAAGUUUCUUGUUUCA